GCAGAGCCCGGAGAAUGGCAGAAAACUCCGAACUGGUUCUAGAAGCGGUUUCCUUUGUGGUUGUGAGUACGAGCCCAGCAGACGCCAUAGGCGCUGUUGCAGGGGAGCGAGUCUGUGCUUGACACACGUGUUUCCCAUUGAUAGCUGGAGACAGCCCAGUAGCUCUGAGUUGGCCUGACAAAGCCGUAUUGAAAUACAGACAGAGUACGGUUUCAAAGCAGUCAGAAAAAGAACGGGAAUGCUGUUCAGGAAAUUCUUCAGGCAUGGGCAGGGACUUGGCUGCAAUUCUACAGUUGGAAAAUCUGACUGGGGCAGCUUCUGAACACAGGCUGGGCCUGCUCCCACUCGGCCGCCGAGCGGUCGCCUCCUUCAGAGCCUCUCAGCACACUCCGGGAUUGUGGGCGAUUUUCAUCAGCCGCUUUGUGAAGCAGACAAGAGAGAUGCCUCAGGAACAGUACACACACCACCGGAGCACCAUGCCCAGCUCCGAGGGCCCACAGGUAUACAAAGUGGGAAUUUAUGGCUGGCGGAAAAGAUGCCUGUAUUUCUUUGUCCUACUCCUGAUGAUUUUAAUACUGGUGAACUUGGCCAUGACCAUCUGGAUUCUCAAAGUCAUGAACUUCACAAUUGAUGGAAUGGGAAACUUGAGAAUCACAGAAGAAGGCCUAAAGCUAGAAGGAGUCUCAGAAUUCUUGCAACCUCUCUACGCCAAAGAAAUCCAGUCCCGACCAGGGAAUGCCCUUUACUUCAAAUCUGCCAGAAAUGUUACAGUGAACAUUCUCAAUGACCAGACUAAAGUUCUAACUCAGCUGAUAACAGGUCCAAAAGCCAUAGAAGCUUAUGGCAAAAAGUUUGAAGUAAAGACAGUUUCUGGAAAGUUGCUCUUCUCUGCAGAUAACAAUGAAGUGGUAGUAGGAGCUGAGAGAUUAAGAGUUUUAGGAGCAGAGGGCACAGUGUUCCCAAAAUCUAUAGAGACACCUAAUGUCAGGGCAGACCCCUUCAAGGAACUAAGGUUGGAGUCCCCGACCCGGUCUCUGGUAAUGGAGGCCCCAAAAGGAGUAGAAAUAAAUGCAGAAGCCGGCAAUAUGGAAGCCACCUGCAGAACAGAGCUGAGAUUGGAGUCCAAAGAUGGAGAGAUUAAGUUAGAUGCUGCGAAAAUCAAACUACCUAGACUGCCUCAUGGAUCCUACACGCCCACAGGAACGAGGCAGAAAGUCUUCGAGAUCUGCGUCUGCGCCAAUGGGAGAUUAUUCCUGUCUCAGGCAGGAACUGGUUCCACUUGUCAGAUAAACACAAGUGUCUGCCUUUGAGAGACUAUCCAUAGUGGACAUUGUUGGUAGCAUAAAGGCCUUUUUUGGCUUUACACACUGGCUGCCAGCUAUUUUUACUAGAACACAGAAAGCCUAUCAAAGACCUUGUGUGUGUGUGUGUGUGUGUGGGCGUGUGCGCGCAUGUGUGAGUAUGUUUGCGUGUGUGAGUGGAUAUAAAUAUAUAUAAAUAUAUAUAAAUAAAUAUAUAUAUCCUCUGUAUAAAAUGAGGUUUCAGUACAAAAGGAACCAUGGGUGACCCUGUGAUAUUCACUGUCAUUUCCAUCCCCAACCCACCACCUACAUGAUCAAAUCCAAACACUAAUUUAGGCCCAAUAUUCCCCAGACCCUUCAAAAUCACACAGUGUGUUAGACACUUACUAAUAUCCACCUACAUGUUUGAGUAACAGCAUACCUUCUCCUUUAGUGUCCUUACAAGGCAGUGAUGGCGGGAAUCUCCAAGUCACGCUCAAACGCUGAGAACUUUGUAUUAAAAAAUAGACAUUUGGUUUCCUUUUUUAGCUUUAGUAAGGCUGGCCAACUUCUUCCUCUUCAAGUUAAAGAUGGGCAAUACCAUAGAAGUCAACCAUAGGAACUGAAAAUUGCUGUUCUACCUUUGCAGCCAAAUGUAUCGGGGCUUUUGUAGCUGGAUGAAAGAGGAGGAUGUAUUUUAGCAAAGUUUGAGCUGCUCACCCAGCUCCUGCUAUCUUGCUUCCUUCAAACUCACAUAUCAUCCCUCAGUCAAAAUAAGAGUUGUAAAUCAGCACAAAAUAGGAUAACAGCUGCUCCUCAGUCAGCUGGAAGCUACUCAACGGCCUGACAGGCAAAGAAUAAAUGGGCAAUAUGUCUCUGUUUAAAGGAAGAAAUGGCUCAAAAUCUGUUGUGUCCUCACUUCUGACUUUAUCCAACAGACUCUAACCCAAAAUGAUCAAGUCAAUCAAAAUCCUUAAGAGUGAAACUCCUACCCCAAGAGAAGCCAUUUGGAGAUGGAAAUCUAAUUAAGAGUGGCAUAGGGAACCUAAUUAUUUUUUAUGUGUUUCUUGGGAUUGGUAGGUAAUUUAGAGACAUGCCUUUUAUUUUUAAAGGCGUGCAUAAACUCUCUGGUGUCAAUCUUCUUAUAUAUUUUUUCAGUGUUGGGAUAUUCAUAUUUCUAAAUCCACGAUUAUGUUUUCUCCAAGAAUAGUGACCCAAGAGUCACAGAUCUAAAGUAUUAUACACCUCUAGAAAUGAUCACUGAAAAUUAAUAUAAACUGAGUCAAGUAUCUUUAACAGAAUCACUGUGUUCCCCAGGGCCCAGCAACACCCUCUCCCCCAUGUGUGGAAGCAGCUCCCAAAUUCCCGCCAUCAGCUACCUCUCAUCACUCCACCUUCAUCAUCAUGUUCCAGGGUCACCCUGGCCAGCUCUUGUGCUGGAACAGGGGAUUAUACCAUCUCUGUUCAAAGAGGGGGAAAUGUGCCUAUGCCUUAAGUCAAUGCACUCAGCAAGGAGAAGCACAUCCUAUUUAUCUUGUUGUUACCUGUAGUUUAUUUUGGGUGAUUGGAGGGGAAUGGUCUAGCAAUGACUUGGCAUCAUAAAAGCUGGUAGACAAACCAAGUGGCUGACAGACAUGGACUCUAAGGAGCCUAGAAUGAAGACAUAACUGGCUUAGACAGUCCUGGAUGCCAUUUGGCAAGCAGUGACCCCACAAUCCUAAGUGAAGCAGUAUUUGUAGGCCUGAAUGGCAUUUGUUUUUCCUCAACAAAGUUCUCAUUUUCUUACUUCACAAGCAGGGGAAGAUUUGUCAUAGGAGAUGAAUAAGAGGUGUGGUAUCUUUGAGCUAACACUCAAUCAUCAGGCUGAGGUUUAUAUAGAUGGGACGUAAAAGUGAGCUAUAUGUUGCUUAGUCACUUAGAAGUGGGGAGAGGCAGAGUUGUUCUAGCCUGACCAGCAGCUCUGCUGGCUUCCAGACCUGAGGCACCCUCCAGUCAAUUCUUUCUCAAAAUCCCAGAGAAGAAUUGGGUUGUUCAAGGGCAAGACCAUAAGAUUGCUUAGUUUGCAGCUUUAGGGUCUGAAAAGGAAAACCAUAAAAAGAUACCAAGUUGCUCUGGAUCAGUAUUAUUUAUGUCCUAUGGAAUCAUGCUGCCAGAAUCUGCAUGCACCCCGCACAGGGUUUUGCCAAGCCAGGAAGGGCCCUCCUUGGCUACUGGGAGCAUCUAUCACAUAUCAUUCAGAUAAACAGUAGUAGCUGUGAAGUCCUUUGUGGCUAAAUACCCUAAGACAAAGUUUCUUUAAGCAGACAGACCAUCUUUGCACUUUGCCAUCUCAAGUACAUAAUCCACAGGUGACAAGAAAAUGAAAGUUUCCCUGAACCUCUUUCCUCUGAUUUUGUUCUAAUCGUUACAUGAAAGUCUGCGAUCAGCACCUUGGGAAUUUUACACCAAUAAAAAAGACUGGUAUGAUCCCAGUUGCAAAAUUUAAUCCUAAAGGUAAUCAGAUCACAAAUAGAAUAAAAAUCAUAAUAGCAACCAAGAAAAGAAAUCAAGCACCUAUGGGGGACAAACAUGAUAUAAAAUUCUGAUUUUCAUUUGUGCUAAGUGACCACAAUAUACCAGGUAAUAAGCAGAAAAUUUGGCAUGAAUUAAAUUAUGUAUUUGAGUUCAAACUUUAGAAUUCGGUAAAAUGUAUUCUGAGUUCUUCAAUGUACUUUUUCCCCCCAACUUCUUCCAACUAGAAUAUUUGUCCAUGGUCAUAAGAGAAAGUUUUACCUGAAUUCUGGAAAAAAUAUCUUUUACAUUAAAAUCUGAUAACCUUUAAUUUAAAAAAAAGAUUCUUUCUAAUCUUUAUAUAUAAUAUCUUCUAGGCAAUCACACCUUUUGGUAUAUUAAGCAGUGGGUGGCGUACCAAACAGAGAUCAAAUGAAUCUUCACUAUUCUAGGAGUUCUAAUAUGUUAAUAUUCUUCAGAAGAGUUUGGUAAAUUAAAAAUUGAUCUCCAAAUAUGUUUAGCACUUAGUUCUAUUUGAUAUCUGCUCAAUAAGUCAGAACAGUUCAGUCCUGUAAAACUACUGGAUCAUGAAGGAGGUUUUGAAAAACCCUUACGGUGGCAUCUAUCUAGCUGGAAACUUGAUAUGAGGCUUUUUAAUUGUUAUACUGCCCAGGGGGUAGAUCUUAUACACUUGAAUUGACUUUUAACUUCCUUUAGGUCAGUUUUCCUUUGGAUGAUUUUCAUUGUCUACCCAGCAAUCCUAGACCAAAGACUGCUUGAGGUUUGGCUCUAGAGCAGGGGUCAGCAAACACUGGUCCCUAGACCAAAUCUGGCUCGUUAUCUGUUUUAGUAAAUAAAGUCUUUUGUAACACAGCCACAUCCUUUCACUUACAUGUUGUGUAUUGCUGAUUGCAUACUGUAACAGCAAGGUGGAGUAGCUGUGCCAGAGACCUCACAGUCCGCAAAGCAUAAAUACCUUCUCUUUGGCCCUUUGCAGAACAAGUUUGCCGACCCCUGACGAAGAGGUCACAGCAGGAAAGAAAGCAAACUUCACGAUAGCAUGGAGUAAGCCUCCAUCUCCAUGUGUGCUUGAGAUAUUAAUACUUGGCUAUAGAAAAGAAGGUCAGCCUUACACUACAUGUAAAAGAGAUCCACUUGUCCAAGAAAUGCAGGCUCACAGGAUUCUUGGGAAUAGGGAGGACCAAAUUAGGGGGAGGUUUAGUGCAAAAGGAAAGCUGUGAUCCUCCGAGAGAUUUUUCUUAGGAUCCUUAACAGACAGGUGGUUCCUCCAUUCAGCAUCAUUGUAUGACAAGAAGUGAAGCAGCGGUCCUUUGAUUUAAAUUUAGAAUCUUUUUCCUAAAGAGACUAUUUCUGCAAUCCCUACUCAGAGGUUUCCACCUCACCUUCCCAUAUUCCAGAAAGAUGCCCAUGGUCCUCCAGAGAGUAUUUUUGACUUACCUGUGUUUUUGGCAUCCAUCACCUCAGUUAUUCACAGCUCCAUUGUACUUAACUUCCUACGACCACACCAGGCCUGACAGUUGAUGGCA